ACCAGUCGAGCGAGCGGCUAGUCCGCAUCAAAUUUAGUUCGCGUUUACAAUAAUUAGUAGGUAUUGCCUGCUGCUACGAUAAAUAAAUAAAACAAUUUGCAAUAAUACCGUACUGUUGAGUACUGUACUAAUAAUAUAAUACACGUGCAAAUGUACAAUAACAAAUGCAUGUGCGAGAUAAUUUUUGUGAAUAGUGAUUGGUGAUUGACUCUUGAGUGACAGGUGUACAUACAUACAAUUGAGAACAAUUGAAAAUAAGAAAUGUUUAAUGCAAACAAAUACACGUGUGUGCGAAACUGUUAAGUGGACAGUUAAAAGUGACAACCGAUGAGAAGUGCUGUGCGCCACAUAACAACAACAUGUUACAGCACCAGCAACAAUCGCAGGUGUCACAAGGAUACUACGAUUACAAUCAGUCAAGCCCAACAAACUUUACAAAUUCGGAUUCUCUAAAUACAACACCAUUUUCAGUUAAGGAUAUUCUCAAUUUAGUGAAUCAGAAUGAGAAUUAUGAAGUUUUCGGCAACUUAGAGAGCAUUCCGACUCCCUCAUCUUGCGUCAACGAUUACGAAACACAAAGUUACCAGGACACACUGACUUCGCCACCAGCUAUGCCGCAGCUUCAAGUGCCAUCAAUGACAGCGGCGGCCGCGGCGACGAUGGCGGCCGUCGGUGCAUCCACUUCCGGCUACCAAUACCCCCAUCACCAUCAUCAUCAUCAUCAUUCUCAUGUGGCUUUUGGUGAUUACGCCACUGCUUCUCCCCACGCACAUGCAGUCGCCGCAGCUUAUCCAUCGCACCUGCACGCACAUCCCCACACCCAUCCGCAUUCGCAUAAUCACCCGCCGCCGCCGCCGCCGCCACCCCAUCCACAUACGCAUGCACACUCACCCCAUGUUGUACCUCCUUACCAGCAUUACGGCGCAGUACAAUGGUAUAUGCCGUCGCCUGCCGUGACCAAUGGCAAUGCCAUGUGUGGCAGUAGUAUCUCGCCAAAUGCGUCCGCUUAUGGCGGGACCACCACCACUCAUGCCACAGCGUAUAACUACAAUUACCAACAUUCGAGUGAUGGCUACAUGAAUGGCGUAAAUAAUGUCGGCUGUAUCGAGAUCGCCAGCAGUAAAAGCGAUUACACUUCCACGCCAUACGUGACGCCAUCGCCCACCUUAGACCUCAACAGCUCCACAGAGGUGGGCGAUCCACACAUGGCAUCAGCUUUGUCCGCCAAAUUAACGACUGUAUCACCGAAGGGUAGCGGUAGCAGUAAAGCGGGUACUGCGUCGCAGCAAUCUUUCCAAAAUAUACUGGAGUCUGCCAACAAUAAUGUGGCCAUGCAGCAAAUAUCGCAUGGUAGUGGGAGCGGCGGCUUAAAUGGAAAAAUGAGCGGACCAAAGGAUGUUUCGGACAACAUUCACCGAUCAAGCGAGAAUGCGGCGGCGAAUGCAGGUGCCAGUGGCGAAUGUGGCAUUUCUAAGCGCAGAGAUAUUUCACAAGUCACCUCCUCGCGUUCGGAGCUUCGUAAAAAUGGCAAACCACGUUGUAAACGCAAGCCACGCGUUCUUUUUUCACAAGCUCAGGUAUUGGAGCUGGAGUGCCGUUUUCGUUUGCAAAAGUACCUGACUGCAGCCGAGCGUGAAGUCAUCGCGCACAAAUUAAAUUUAUCGCCUACUCAGGUGAAAAUUUGGUUUCAAAAUCGACGCUACAAGUCGAAACGUGGUGAAAUUGAUGGCGAUACACUAGCCGUCAAAUUGAAAGCGGAUAGCACAUCGGGUAGUAUGAUGGCUGCGGGAGGCGUUAUGUGGGGUCAAUUGCAUCGGCAACAUCAAUCACAUCCACAACAAACGGCGGCGGUUCAAGCGAUGCACCAUUCAUAACAAACCGAUAAAUGUUGGCAAGAUUGUGUGCAAAUAUUUCUAGAAUAUUUAGUUCUUUAAAUCUAAUUAAAUUUCGCUUUUUCAUUUCAAUCUGGCAAUCUGAAAGGAAUUUGCUUUUCGACAAGUACCUUUGAAGUAAAGUUAACAAUUAGUAUAGAAUAUGACCGUAUUAUAAAACAAUCGAUAAUAACAAUGCAUUCAAAUAUUUACGGAUGUAUUUUUCAUACAAAAAGAAAAAAAAAACAA